AUGCAGUCCCACUCCAACGGCUGCUGUCUACCUCGCGCCGCUUCUAUUCCGGCAUCCAAAGCAGGAAGCCAUCGAGAAUCCCAAUCUCAGUCGACGGGAGGAGUCACGAGUUCUCCCCUCUUCUCUUGCGUGACUCUUGCCAAUGCCCGCUCCAACAUCAAAGCUCGUUCUGUCGAGAUCGACCCUACCUCCGAGUCGGUAAACAUUAAGUGGGAGAACGACACUCCAGGUUUUAGCAAGGCACACACAACAAAGCUCAGCUUGGCGGCUCUACGAGAGAUCAACAAGUCGGGCUCUCUUCCUGGGUUCGGCAGAGACACCAACGAUCCGCAAAUUCUGUGGGCUAAGGAGCCUCUACCCAACUUGAAAGACUUCGAUUACGAAGAUUAUCUGAAGGAUGAUAGAGAAGUCUACAAGCUCAUUCACCAGCUACGAACUGGUGGUCUGGCAUUCGUUACGAAUGUCCCUGGCAAGGUAGAGUCACUGGCCACGAUCGCUGAACGCAUUGGUCCUGUCCAGGACACCUUUUAUGGCCGCACAUGGGAUGUGCGAACAGUCCCCCAAGCCAAUAACGCCGCAUACACGUCCGCCGAUCUGGGUUUCCAUACCGAUUUGCUAUACUUCCAAAACCCUCCACAUGUUCAGCUCCUCCACUGCGUUCAGUCUGCAUCUAAGGGAGGAGCCAGCGUCUUUGCCGAUGCCUAUAAGUCGGCGGUCGAUUUAUUUCGCUCAGACUCAGAGGCAUUCGAAACCCUUGCGACAAUCCCGGUUAAUUAUCAUUACAACCAUCCUAAUGACAAUGUGUACCGCACGACGAAACCAGUCAUUGACCUUCGACCGCUCAGGAUUGGCGAUAAGCUGUAUACUCGUGUUCAAGAUUACGCCAAAGACUACCACGAUCUCAGCCUCCAGAAUGGAGGCUCUGGGUGGAGCGACGCCGUGCUUGUUGACCAUACGCUAAAGAUCAACUGGGGCCCUCCAUUUCUCGCACCCUUUUCGAAUCAUCAAGACCCAAUUGUUAAGAAACAAUCUGAUCAAUCUCCUCUAUUGGCACUGAACGACAAAGUGGAGAAAUGGCACCAAGCUGCCUCCAAGUUCAACGCGUUGCUACAGAGGUCAGAGUAUCUGUUCGAACGAAAGAUGAAGUCGGGUGACUGUGUCCUGUUUGACAACACGAGGAUUUUGCACUCAAGAAGAGCCUUCGACAUGGCUGAUGUUGGAAAGCCGCGAUGGUUGAGGGGUACUUAUGUUGACAAGGAUUCGUACUUUAUUCUCAUCAGCAAGCGACUCCGCUUCCCCACGACUCUUCACGACCGACACGUCAUGGACGCUGAUAACGCACCCAAGAUCAAGCACACACGGAAAGGGGCAGCCAAGUCAAGAAAUGGAUGCUCCAAAUGCAAAGCCAGACGAAUCAAAUGCGAUGAGAGACGACCCAGUUGUGAGAACUGUGUCAAAUUAAAAUUUCCGUGUCCUGGGUAUCAACGACAACUACGAUGGGCACACAAGCACCAGCGGACCGAGACUUUGAUACCCCAAGAGACCAUCUCUAGACCAGAUGACUGGACGCAAGAUGCACCACAUAUUGGUCAAGUAACUCAAGUGUGGGAAUGCAAUACCCAAGCUGAGUCGACGGGUCUCCAAAAUGUGUUGGAUGCUUUGCAAGAUGAAUCGAUUUCAAUGGGUCACGACUGCGACUUUGCCUGGCUAACCGAAGCUCCACCAACUUUCCAGGUCACAGAUCUUGAUUUAAGGGAAGAGCAUAUUGAUGAGCCUCUAUGGAACUCCUUCAACAUAUUGGAAAGACCUCGAGUCUCACAGCAUGGCCUGACGUCAAUGUCCAAUCCUAGUAUCGUACAUAGGCCUGUUCACUUAUCAACAACACUAAUUGAAUACUGGUUCCAACACAUCUGUCCAGUACGGUCCACGUUCGAUUCCGAGGUAAACAAUAACCGAUCUUUGGCUCGGAACUCAUGGGGUACAUCCGAGGCCGUCUUCUACACAAUGCAAGCCAUGUCGGCUGCGUGUCUCGUACACACUCUGCCCCACCUGAGUGAAAUCUUACCGACACUGAGAGAACAAGCUACUCUCGCUAUUGCCCAGGGAAUCUCUCGAGUACGAAGUUUAAGAGUGGCUCAGGUCACAGCUGAUCUAGUCUUUGCUGUAUUGGCAAUGGGAACGUCAUCGCAUUGGGUUACUCCGAACUCGGACUAUCCUUGGCUAGAAUCAGCUAGAGAAUUGCUCUCAAUCUGGAGUGUUGGAAUCUCGGCGGCGGAUGCUCUGCUCCAUGCUUAUUUUCGUCAAGCUUUGGCCUACUGGGAAAUGCUUCUUACAGUAGUGGGACCUGGAUCAAAACCCUCAAAUCUCGAGAAAAGACGGCAAAAAUACCACGGCAGACUUCGCCGGGCUAUGCUACUAGAAGCCGACGACGUUGAUGAUAUAUCAUAUGGCAAUCCAUCAAUGAAUUCAAAUCUCAAGCCACUAGGGACACUUCCAAACUCUUGGUGUGGCAUCUCGAAUGAGGUCAUUGAGACUUUCGGCCAGGUCUUGGCUCUCUGUCGAAGCGCGUGCGAAAGGAAUCAGGAUAAGGCAGCUCUUACUCUUGACAUGACAAGUAAAGCCCUUUGCGAUAUAGCGGUCGCACACGAGCUGGAGAAAGAGCUAUUGAGUAUGGAUUUCGACACCAUGGUGCUAUUGGAGGAGGUACAAGGCUUUUAUGUCGACACGUUGGAUAACAACACCCCCGUCACCCAUCUGCUACAGACAGCCGAGGUAUAUCGGAAGGCUGGCCUGCUACAGCUGUACCUGACCUUUGAUGAUCUCGUCGUCAACACAAGCGGUGGGUGCGAUAAGGCGACUAGUAUUGGUGGCGCAGCGGAUGGAGAGCCCCGAUCAAAAUCACUCGCUGACUUGGCUCUACAGCUGGUGGGUGCACUCGAGGGGAUUCCAGUUGAAUCGGGUUCCAAGUUCAUUCAUCCUAUGUUAUAUGUUUCUGCGGCCGCGGGUCUUAGGUUCGAUAAAUACUUCGACUUUCACUGUCCAGGCAUGUCAGGCGAAAUCAAUUCUGAUCAGUCUUAUCUCUUCGCUUCACCAAUGGACUGGAAUUCACUUGAGCCUACGCAAGCACAAUAUCUGCCAAAGAUCUCAGAUACCGUGGCCAUGUUAAUUCCGCAGUCGAUCCUCAAGAUUGCCAACGCAAGACGUCUCGUCUGGUCAAGGCUCAGCAUGAUUCGACACGCUUUGCCGUACAAGGCGAGUGACAGCUUUCUGCGGCUGGUUAAGACCAUAUGGCUAGAAUAUGAUAAGGCACGAUCGGAUACGUCGACGAACCAGUGGUUCAAGAUUUUAACCCAUACUGGUUUAGAGAUGCCUCUAUGA